UUCUAGGAAUAUAAAUUAGCUGUCUUGCUCUUGCAGAUCAACUAUUAAUUCCUAUGCUCAUAUUUGUUUUUCCUUGCAGAAUUUCAAUUCAUGGCUAAAGUUUACCCUAAAGCACCCAUUGUUUCUCCUUACCUGACUUUAAAAAGAGAGUCAUUCACAAUAUGGAUGAAGUCUCUUUUAUGCCAUUCAAAUGGUUGCACGGUUUUUGAUUCUGAUGGCCAGAUUGUCUAUCGCGUUGAUAACUAUGACAAAAAAUGCAGAAACGAAGUUUAUCUCAUGGAUCUCCGCGGCAAAGUUCUCUUCACUAUAAAAAGAAAGAAAUUAUUGGUUUUUGAACGUUGGGAGGGCUAUAAAUGGAGCAGCAGCAGUACCGUAAAGAAGGAAAAGCCACGGUUUAAAGUAAAAAAGUAUUGCAAAUACUUUUUUAUGGGAGAUUUAGCUUGUAAAGUUAGUGCUGGGCAUGAUAAUUAUUGGAUGGUGAGAUCGUCAGCUGGCAAAGCAGAUUUUAAGAUAGUGAACAACGAUGGAAAUAUUAUUGCAGAGGCAAAUCAAAAGCAGUCGUCUUCAGGAAUCUUGUUAGGAGAAGACGUAUUGACUUUGAGAGUGGAACCCUAUGUUGAUCAUUCCUUCAUCGUAGCUCUCGUCACCGUCUAUGGAUUGGUCAAUCGAAAAAUGUAAAUAAUUAAUCUUCUCAAGAACAAUUUUGCAGAGCGGGAUGUUUUUAGUGUUUUCUUAUUUUCCUUUCGAAAAACCUGAAAGGAUAGCUAGGAAUACUGCUAUGUAUAAAUUAGAAAGAUUAUGGAAAUUAACACAAAGAGAAAAGAAAUAUAUAGAGACAUGUAUUCUUAUAUUCUGUAUUCAAUUUAUUCAACUUCUUAAACCUGAUGUUUCUUCGAACUUGCAAUUGCAAGCAUAUACUAGUUUCAUUUCUCCUACAGAUUGUUUUGAUAAAUGGUUGAGCAUGAAAAAUAAUAAUCUGCUCUCAUGAGAAAGAUCCUGGUGAUCUCAUCCUAAUCCAUUGUACAAUGACAAACC